GUGAUAUUUAGUGCGCGGAGUCGCAAAGUUUGGUCUGCAUUGCCUCGAGUUUGCAGACUGCUCCCUGGGCCUCAACUUGCCUCAUGACCAGUUCGCCUCAACUGCGCUGUGCAAUUGUCUGCAGAGCUCUGCUUCAGGCAUUCAUGAUUCAGCAAUCUUCUUUUCAAGGAUUUUCUUGUCUGAAGUAGGAGUAAGAAGUUCCUAGUCGUUUGGGAUUCAUCCAAAAUCAUUCAAUUUGAAACUAGACAGCGCUGAACAAAAAUGGCGACCACGAGUCAAGAUUGGCACACGCGCCCCACGAAUCCAAAGAACCCUGUGGUGUUCUUCGACGUGACCAUUGGUGGACAAGAUGCAGGGCGCAUCAAAAUGGAGCUGUUUGCGGACAUCGUUCCAAAAACUGCAGAAAAUUUCAGGCAAUUUUGCACAGGGGAGUAUCGGAAAAGUGGGAUUCCUGUAGGCUACAAGGGUUGCGCCUUCCAUCGGGUAAUUAAGGACUUCAUGAUACAAGGGGGCGACUUUGUGAAGGGAGACGGCAGCGGGUGCGUCUGCAUAUACGGAACCAAGUUCGACGACGAAAACUUCGUGGCCUCGCACACAGGACCCGGCUUGCUGUCGAUGGCCAACAGUGGACCCAACACAAAUGGAUGCCAGUUCUUUAUCACGUGUGCAAAAUCCGACUGGCUGGACAACAAGCACGUCGUCUUUGGGAGGGUGUUGGGGGAUGGCUUGCUGGUUGUACGAAAAAUAGAGAACGUUCAGUCUGGUGCGCAAAACAGACCCAAACUAGCAUGCGUUAUAUCAGAGUGUGGUGAAAUGUAGGACGAUGUGGGAGGAUGAUACUAGCUUGAUGCAUACAUGUUGCUUUCAUUUUUCAUGAUUAUAAAAAGAAAUGUCCCUAAAAGCUUGAAUCAGGUAAAGCACAUGCUCGCUCUUUGCUCAAUAUCAGGCAUUGAGUAUCAUUCAGUUCGCGAAGGUCUUAUACUACAGAACCUUGUGAGGGUUUGAUCCGAUCUGACGUACCUAUGCAGGCCAGAAGUUUUGAUGGAUUUCGAGUCUUGUUCGUCACAAGUAAAACUUGUUGAAUCUGUUCGCAGCUAGGUAGCUCUGAUUUGCGCUGGCAUGUUUCCAGCAUCCAGCGAUUGCUCAUGAGAAGCUGGCACUCCGAUACGUACUGCGGCGGCACAAAUCGUGGUACCUACAUAUAUACGAUUACCGAGUUGCACGCCGUGUUCAAUUGUAGAACUCUGGCACCGUUGAUCUGCAUAGGUUCGAUGCAGGGAUCAUCCUUCGUCCUUCUGAGCAGCCAUCUUAAUAUACAAGAUUAUCUAGUCGGACAGGCUUCAGCAUUCCAUGACGCCGUGUCUUCUGGCCGGCGAGCCAGCGCUAGCCCGGUGGCCGUAGUCAGGCGCUCUAAGUACUAGGUAGCUCUAGGACUACAGUCGUUUGCAUGUGCGCUAAAUUGAAAUGAAGUUCGUCAACAUCGAUAGCUGCCAUGGACGUGAGAUAUCUUAUUCAAAAGCUUGCGUGCCCAC